CUUUUUUUUCUUCUUGUGUCGUUCUCCGAACUCUUCUUGUGAUAACCAUUUCUCUGUUCAAUGGCCAGGCUGAGGCUUGGCUUGGCUUUAUUUGUGCUCACAUCGUGAGCCUUUUCGUGGUCCACCAACUGUUUGACAAAUUGUGUGAACGAGUUUGAUUUUUCCACUUGGAUUAAAAAUCUGGAUUGGUGUUGCUAGGUUAUAAAUUUUAUAGAUCAAUGAUGCAGCAAGAUGUCUUGCCUCUCGACCCCGCAUUCCCUAGUCAUCAGGUUAACGUCUCUCAUGUGACACCGAGAUGAUUCAGUUGUUUAUACUUAAUUAAAUUUGACCUCUUAGUCUACUCUUCCGUUAAUUUUAAUACAUAGAUUAUUCUCUGUUUAAUGGCUAACUUAUCUGUAGAUUUCCUAGUACUAGUGUUCUCUUAGAGUAACUCGGACGUACAUGCACACAUGUGUAUAAUGGCUACAUCAAAGUAGUAUCUUUGCGUUUUAGCAAAAAAAAAAGUAGCGUCUUUGUGUACCCGAUUCGAAUUCAGGUCAAAUUUUUGGAACCUAAUAGGAUUGCAAAUUUGAUAUCCUCGAGACAUGUUUAAAAUUUCUAGUUGGAUACUGUUGCCGUUGAAAUCCAGCUCAAUCUUGGUGCUGACUAAGCUGGAUGGUUGUGAAAGAUCAAUAGUUAUCCAUUCAGGUCGGUAAGAUAGGUCCGAGUAUUUUGCACUUAUUAAUUUUUUUUAUUUUUUUUAAAAAAUGGCCUCCUUUAGUGAGUUUGCCUUAGGCCUCCAAAUGCAUUGGGCCGCCUCUGCCUGAAUGGAGCUCUUCGCUGGAGAUUUCUUUUGCUUUUCUUUCCAAACACCAAUUGCUACCGACGUCAUUGUCUUUGCCUUUGGCCGUCGGAAUUCAGGUAAGGUCUCAGCUAAAUUUGAUCUAUUCUUCUCCUCCUUCUUUCAGACUCCUUAGAGCCUUGUUUCGGCCGAUGAUCGCUGGAAUUUGGGCAAACAAGGCAGAUGCUCUGCUUCCCCUAUUUUUCGAAUCCAACCUAUUUCUCUUUCGAUUCCGGCUGUCUUCACCGCUGGUGCUCAUCACCGAGAUCCCUUCUAGUUCUACAUGGUGGUUUAUGGCCUCGACCAGAGUUUUGACAACCAGAACAUAUUGAUUCCUUGAGAUAAGGGAGCAGAACCCCUAUUUUAGGAGGAUUUUUUUCCUUGUCGCCGGUCGCUGGUUGUCGUCAACCGCUGUCCAAAGUGGGCGGCCGUGCAUCCCUAACGCUGGGCACCACCUACAACCACCCUCUUCUGUCCUCUUUCUUGGUUAGAAAGAGAAGCUUCCUUUCUCUCUCUUCCCCAAACUUUCUCUCUCUUAUUUCUCCUCUGUAAAGUUUCUCUCUUGACUCAUGGGUCAGACAUGUUGAUUAAUCUAGGUUGACCCAUGCUAUUAACAACCAAACCCAAACAUCCGAUUGAAUUAGAAUUGAGAAUCUCUCUCUUCUCCAUACUUUCUCUUUCUAUAAGUUUCUCUCUUUAUAUGGAUUUUCUCUCUUUAGAGUUGUUUGGACUCCGUAAGUACGAUUCUCAGUAAUUUUGGAUCGACCUAAGUGAAGAGUCUUGAUUCAAGAUCGUUGGGCAGCAUGACAAUCCCCAGCGAGUAGUUGUCGUGGACCUUUGAUGGUUAUCAACGGAAGCCAGCUGGAGCCACAUAAAAUGGCAACUUUUGGACCUGACUCUCUCUCUAAGUCUCAAUUCGUCCCGGAGAAGAGAAGACCCGCGCCCCUAUUUCACCCGAACUCUAACCCUAAACCAGCGAGAGACGAAGGAGGAGGCGGAGAUUAUGAUGACGAUGAUGAUGCGAAGCUCCUAAUUUCAAUUUAUGCAGUCUUCCUCUCUCUCUCUCGAAAUCCGACCAGCUCGAUCUCGAUCUCGAUCUCAUUCGGUGCAUCUCUUUCUGAUCUGGGACUCUGAAUUCAUGGAGGGAACUUUAAGCGAGGACGAUGGAUUGAUAAGAGAGAGCAACAUGGACCUUAAUGACAACAGUGCUGACCCUCACAUGUCACUAGCUCUGGAUGCUCUUGCAGUUGAGCUGAACAACCCAAUCACAUCGCAACUCCUGCAGUUGGAUAAUUCUGACAUGGUGGAACCAAUAAUCGGCAUGGAGUUUGAUUCUGAUGAAGCUGCAAAGGAAUACUACGUAGCAUAUGCCAACCAUGUAGGGUUUGGUGUCCGCAUGAAUAAGUCAUGUCACUCGAGGAAGGACGACACUGUGAUCAUGCGGCGUUUUGUGUGCACGAGGGAGGGAUUCCAUUCCAAGAGGGCAAUCUAUGAUGAUGGAGAGAAGAAGAGGAAGCGGGGAACCACAAGGGAGGGGUGCAUGGCCAUGAUUGAGGUCAUUCGUGAGGAUCAUGGCAAGUGGGUUGUUACGAAGCUUGUGACAGAGCACACUCAUAUGGUUGCAUUACCUGGUAAAGUCCGGCCGCGUGAUGAUAAAGCAAUCAUCCUGGGUAAUGUGGGCUUGCUGCAUGGAGAAUCGAGUCGAGGUUUUAAUAAUCUAAAAAACUUCAAUAGAGGGAUAAGAGUUGACCCCUUUGGUGAAGGUGGAGAAGCUCAGGGCCUCUUGGAGUAUCUGAAGAGAAUGCAAUCUGAGAACCCUGCAUUCUUUUAUGCAAUUCAAGUUGACAACAAUAAUUGUAUGGCUAAUGUCUUUUGGGCUGAUGCUAAAGCUAGGAUGGCUUAUCAGUACUUUGGUGAUGCUGUUACUUUUGACACAACAUAUAAGAAAACAAAGUACAUGAUGCCGUUUGCGACAUUCAGAGGUGUGAACCAUCACUUUCAGAGUGUUAACUUUGGGUGUGCUUUGCUAAUGGAUGAGACAAAGGGUUCUUAUGUCUGGCUGUUUGAGACAUGACUUGCAGCCAUGGGUGGACAGCAUCCGGUUUCAUUAGUUACUGACCGAGAUAAGGCUAUGGAAGGAGCUAUUAUGAGGAUAUUCCCUAACACUCGUCACCACUGCAAGUGGCAUAUAUUAAGUAGAUGCAAGCAGAAGCUGUCAGAUGUUUAUCUCAAACAUGUCACAUUGAAGAGGGAGUUGAAAGAAUGCAUAAAUGAAUCUGAAACAAUUAAAGAUUUUGUGACUCGUUGGGAGUAUAUCCUUGACAAAUAUAACCUGUGGGAUAACUCUUGGCUGCAGUCACUCUAUGAAAUUUGCCGGCAGUGGGCUACUGUCUACCAGAAGGGUACAUUCUUUCCUGAACUGUCUGCAUCUCGAAGAUCAGAGAGCCUGAACAAGUUCUUCAAGAAACAUUUUAAUGCAAAAACCUCUCUACUUGUAUUUAUCUCACUGUUUGAUCAACAUUUGGCAUCUCAGUAUGAGAAGGAAGCCCAAGCAGAUUUUACUACUGUGUAUUUGAAGCCUCAUCUGAGAACUCCAUCACCAAUGGAGAAACAAGCUGGUGAUGUCUACACAAAAGCAGUAUUUGAUAAAUUUCAGGAGUUUGUCGAAUCACUAGGUUAUUAUGUUGGCAAAAUUGAGGUUGACCCUAUUAGCAGGUACAGUGUGGCCAAGGAGGAGGAUAAUCAUAGAACCUACAUUGUCUGUUUUAGUGAGUCUGACAAGAAAGCAAACUGUAGCUGUUGUAAGUUUGAGUACUCUGGAAUUCUGUGCUGGCAUAUUUUAAGGGUUUUCUUUGUUGUUGGAGUUCGUAUUAUUCCAGAGGAGUACAUCUUGAAGCGAUGGACUAGGAAUGCCACAAGCAAUGUUGUUCUAGAAGAGCGAGUGAUCGAUCCAGGGCUUAGUUUUCAGGAACAACUGAUUGCUUGGUACAAUGAUCUUUGCCUUGAUGCUGGCAAAUAUGGCAUGGAGGGGGCUAUAUCUUCAGAUAUAUAUAAGAUUGCAAAGGUUGCACUUCAAAAGGCUUUUGCAGAAGUUGCUGCUGCCAAAAACAUGCAAAGGAAGGGGCAGCAAAAUAUGCAGAGAUUUGCAAGACUGCAAAAUAUGCAAUACAAAAUGCCUCUGCCAAAGUUGCAACCAAAGAAUACUCCUGGAAGAGUAGCACAACAAGAUGAAGCUAAUAGAACUAAAAGAAGUGCAAAAGAUGAUUCAGUGUAUGGAUCAGUACCGCAAUGUUUGUUUAUGUGUUUAUGCUUAUCCAGAUAUGCAGCUGACUUUUCUCCCCUCCCAAAUCGUCGCAGAGAUGCAAGCAAUUCUCAUCUAAAUGGUGAUACCCAUUGAUGAAGAUGCAUUUUCUUGUGUUAUUCCAACUUUGGUACAUAAUUGAUGACAUAGAGUCACACUCUCAUGUCAUUUAUGUCACAGGAACAGAAAUCCCCUUUGUGGAUGCACAUAAGUUUGUUGGCAAAUGCAGUGAGAUGUUCUCAGACAUUCUGCUGGCAUUCCCUUUCGCAUGCGCUCGCUCCAUUCGCCUUGCGAAAGUACCCUUUGUGCAAACCCCCUCCUAUAAAUCCCUAUCCCCUCUUUCUCAAACCCUUUUUCUUCCAAAGCCCUCCCCUCACUGUCUUCCCUCUUCUUCUCCUCCGCCUUCUUUCCCUCGAAGCCAUCCCUCCUUCCUUCGAACCCUAUAAAUAAAACCCUAACCCCCCUCGCUUCCAUUGCCCCCAUCCUCCUAGAAAGAGAGCGGCCCUUUUGUCCAAACCCCCUCCUAUAAAUCCCCAUCCCCUGUUUCUCAAACCCUUCUUCCUUCCAAAGCCCUCCCCUCCCCGUCUUUCCGUGUCUGCUCCUUCUCCACCUCCUUUCUCUCGGAGCCAUCCCUCCUUCCUUCGAACCCUAUAAAUGAAACCCUAACCUCCCCCGCUUCCAUUGCCCGGCAUCCUCUUAGAAGGAGAGUGGAUGAGAGCUCUGUCGUCGCGGGAUCAUGGCAACCUCGAGAGACGUUCAAGAGAUCAUGUCCAAGAUCUCCUCUGACAAGGCCAAGGACCGCGACGAAGGGAUCAAGCUGUUGAAUAACUGGCUGGAGGGCGAGAGAUCGAUCAGUUUCAGUAGGCUACUCAGUGAGAAACACCGUCAGGAUCAAGGCCAACGAGAUCCCUCAUGCUGAGAUUUUUUUGGUCGUAAUCUACUAUUUUCUUGAAUGUAUCAUGGGGAAGAAGGGUGCAUAUGUUUUGCAGCUGAGACAUGGCCUUUUCUCAUUACAUUGCUGACGAAGUGCAUUGAUUGGAGAUCUCCAUGAGCAAGAAACCUCCACCCUGAAACUAAUACUGGCAAAGACUCUUCGCGCUGCCAUCCAAUGUGCUAAGGAUCAGAAGCUUUCAGGAUAGCAAAAAAUUGACGCUACAUGUUUCUGGUCAUGAAACUUCUUUUGUUGUUUGUUGUUGCUAAUAUUGUUUCCAGAUCAU